AUGGUAAAGAAUACACUGUCAUCAAAUGACGAUGAGGAUUUCCGUCAAGCUGAUUUCAAGCUAAGAGAUGAUUCACAACCAAAGUCAAUGUACACUGAAGGCUACGGACAUGCCCAAAAUGUGUCUGCCGUUUGUUUCCAUCCAGAUUUACAAGUUAUUAUCAUUGGUUUGGAAGAUUCUACAGUCCGCAUUUGGCAUGCUAGCACUUACAACUCGGAAAAAUGUAGCGUAUUCAAGCAAUGCGAGGUUUCAACACUGUUACGCUGGGAUAUGACAAAGGUUCGAUUACAGCUAAACUUGAAAGAGGAAGAACCAGCUGUAAGCAUGGACAGUGCCGCAAACGAGCAUGUGAAGUUUUAUAAGAGACAUAAGAAGGAGCAGUGCCGUGAACAUGAAUGGAUAACUUGUAAUUAUUAUUGA